AUGUACCCUGUGGCUUUAAUCGAAGACCUCGACCCGAGCCGCCCGACGUCGUUCCAGCUCCUAGGCCGCGACUUGGUGAUCUGGCGCGACUCGCAGGGCAUCUGGCGGGCGCACGCGGACCGUUGUCCGCACCGCCUCGCGCCGCUCUCCGAAGGCCGUUUGGACGAGAACGGGUUGCUACAGUGCCCGUACCACGGCUGGUCGUUCCGAGGCGACGGGACGUGCGCGGUCAUCCCCCAAGCUUCGGACACAGGCCCGGAGUCCCGAGCCUGUUCCUCUUCCCGAGCGUGCGUAGCUUCGUACCCGGCCCUGGUUUCCCAAGGGCUUCUGUUUGUCUGGCCGGAAGAGGGGCGAUGGGAGGAGGCGUUAGCUGUCGAGCCGCCGCGAUUGCCGGACGUGUUUGAAGACGAGGGGUUCUCGAGUGUGACUAUACAGAGGGACCUGUAUUACGGAUUCGAUACGCUCAUGGAGAACGUAUCUGACCCUUCCCAUAUCGAAUUCGCGCAUCACAAGGUCACGGGGCGAAGGGACCGAGCCAAGCCACUGCCCUUCAACAUCACAUCCAGUGGACCGUUCGGAUUCGCGGCGACCACCGAUACAGGCACAUCCGCUACUGUCACACCCACCAAGAGCCCCGAUACAAGCACACCUGAUGUCACCACUGCUGAUGACGGCGCAACCCCUCGUAUUUCCUCCUGGUUCAUGGCCCCCUGCUCUUUCUUCAGCCGAAUCGACCUCUUCCCCACCAUCCCCGUUAUAGGCAGGCAGCACUGGCAGCUGUGGAUCUGCUCCUUUAACGUCCCCAUGGGUCCCGGGAAAACGAGGUCGAUUGUUUGCAGCGCGCGGAAUUUCGCCCGGCUGACUGUCCCUGGGGGGAAGUGGUGGCAGCUGUACCCGCGGUGGCUGGAGCAUCUGACAUCAAAUCUGAUCUACGAUGGAGAUAUGAUUGUGCUGCAGGGUCAGGAGAAGGUUUUGAAAGGAGGAGGGGGGGGAGGAGGAGGAGGAGUGCCGUAUAGUAAGCUGACGUACACACCGGCUGGUGCUGAUAGGAUGGUCUUGGCUUUCCGGAACUGGCUUCGUAGGUACGGUGGUGGCGAACCUGCCUGGGACCCGAGCCUAACCGCAGGUCCGGGAGGCGCCGCACCUCUCCCGUCCACGGUUCUGUCCCGGAAAGAAAUGCUCGACCGGCUCGGGCAGCACACGGAAAAAUGUUCCUCCUGCCGGGCAGCUUUGAAAAAUGUGAGGAGGCUGGCUGCUGUGCUGGUAGGGGCGGCGGCGGUGCUGCUUGCGGCAGCAGCGGUGAUCCCUGGGGAGGCGGUGGGGGUUGGAGGCAAGGCAUGGUUGGCAGUGGGAGCGGUGGUGUCGUUGGCAAGUGCUGCAUGGCUCAAGGGCAUGGUGGUGGUGGGAGUGACAGCAGUACCACCACCUGUAGUAGCAGCAGCAGCGGUGGCGCCUGGGGAGGUGGUGGGUGGGGAAGGCAAGGCAGGGUUGGCAGUGGGGGCGGUGGUAUCGCUGGCAAGUGCUGCUUGGCUCAAGUAUGAGCUUAAACCUCAGUUUGUUCAUCGGGACUAUGGGCAUGCUGACGUGGACUGCACCAAAUCUUCCAGUCACUCUGACCCUCCACACCUUCAUUCACAGCGCAUACCACUUGAUGUGGAUAUUCCCCUUCACUCCGCCCUCUCCUCCGCCCUCCCUCCCCUCCAAUCCCAGCUGCAGCAAAUCUCCUGGAUACUCCGACCCUCGCACACCACCUAUGUUCAAGGCGCCAGCAACUCGUACCACUAG